AUGGAUUCCUCAUCUUCAUCCUCAUCCCCGUCGACCUCUAUCCACCUCCCACCAAAAAUCGACGAGCGCUGCUUCACCUACUGCACCCAGAGAUCCAAUUACCGCGCCUUCCAAGCCGAACCCACAUGUCACCAGUUCUGCUGGCGCAAAGUCUUCAAAUACGAACAACAGCUUAUUGAUGCUGCUUCUCGUCCUGGGCAUAUCAACUUGUCCGCUCGGUCGCCUUUCCAGACAGCACACGAUGAGGACGCUCGGACGCUUCAUGAGCGGUUUUCUUGGGAACGAGUGCGAUUACAGGUACUCGCUGCGCACUACGAGCCUCGGAAGACGGCAUCGGAGGGAGCUGCAACUGCAGCUGCUAACGACAGUCAUGCUGAGUACAUGGAAACGCUUCGCGAAGUUCUCGAAGUUAUGGCCAAGAUGAAGCGUAAACCUCCCAUACCUGAAGCCCUACGCGAGCAACACGAAGCGGUGUCCAAGAAGGUGGAGACGCUUGUGGCGAAAGAAGCUGAGUGGGAGGCCAGGAGACGGCAACUCCCGUCCGCACUUACAGCCUCAGAGCCGCUUCAGCCGUUCCCACCUCCAGCGACAAAUAAUUGGUCCUUCUUUCGCGGUCAUUAUCUAUACUAUGCGCGCGGGACGGGCCAUACCACUGGGCAUGUGAAUACGAUGCGCCAUCUAGGUUUUCCGGAUGACUGGUUCGAGGCGGCAUUCGCUAAAAGAGUGGAUGGCGAGCCGGUCAGUGCGAUGUUGGAUUCGGAGAUGGCAAAGCGGAAGAGUAAGGAGGCUCCUGAGGCUGUUGGGUUGAAGCACCUUGAGGCGCAGGAGGAGAGGGACAGUGGACGGGAAAAGGUCUGGAAUCCGGACUAUGCCAUGAUCGUUUCCCUCGAACACCUUCCUCCAGCAAUAUUCGGCGCCGUUACGGGAUCUUUCAUACGCACUUAUACCCCUGUAUUCACCAUACUCCAGAAGUACAAGGAGAGCUUCACCUCUGGCCAGCAGACACGGAACGCACGCAUGAUAUGGAGCAGAGUGUGGGACAGGGAGGAAGGGCCCCUGGGCACGCUCAAGAAGCUUGGAGAGGCUUUUGAACGGUCGUUUGAGAGAUCGAGAGAGGAGGAGAAAGAGAGGGAGAAGGAUAGGCAGAGAGAGCAGAAGAAGGAGGAUAAGGAAGGAAAGGCUAAGCCGUGACGGUGGUUUGAUUUUAUUACAUUUGGGCAUU